AUGGCUCAAGGACCGGAAGCGGUGGAGCGGGGCGUGGCCGUGGCCGGAGCCGCGAGGGACCGGCGGCGCCGCGUCUUCCCCAGGCGGGACGCGGGUCACGUGGCGUGUCGGGAAGCGGCGGCGGCGGCGGCGCGGGAUCUUUGCUCCCCUUGCUCGUGGCAGGAGGCAGGAGACAACUCCCCCACCCCCCGGGCCUGUUCACAAAGGCUGAUGCUGCACCCCAGGAUGGCGGCCACCGUGCUGUCCCCCACAUGUGCACAGUCCACUGUGUUCUCGACCUCUGCUCGGAAAGGAAGCCCAGAGAAGGAGGCUCUGGGAAGCGGCUUUCAGGCGAGGUGGCUCCAGGCCUCAGUGAGCGUCACGGACGUAGCGGUAGAAUUCACACAGGAAGAGUGGGCGCUUCUGGUGCCAUCUCAGCGCACCCUAUACCGGGACGUGAUGCUGGAAACCUGCAAGAACCUGGCCGCGCUGGGUUACCGAGUGGACCAGCCCAGUUUCAUGUCCCGACUGGAGCCAGAAGACAAGAAGGUGCCAGAGGAGAGGGAGUGGCCCAAAGGCACGUGCUCAGGUCUGGAGACCGUCGGUCAGGCCAGCUGGUCAGACUCUGAGAAACGCACUUUUAGGAAAGAACAUUCUGGUCACGUGAAGGAGCCGCCGCAGCGGAGCCGCCGGACUGCGCAGCCCAACGCAUGCGGCCAGUGCUCCAAAGUGUUCAGCACCAAGUCGAACCUGACGCAGCACCAGCGCACGCACACGGGCGAGAAGCCCUACGCCUGCGGCCAGUGCGCCAAGGCCUUCAGCAGCCGCUCGUACCUCACCAUCCACCGGCGCAUCCACAACGGCGAGAAGCCCUACGCCUGCCGCGCGUGCGGCAAGGCCUUCAACGACCCCUCGUCGCUGCGGCUGCACGGGCGCAUCCACACGGGCGAGAAGCCCUACGCCUGCGGCCAGUGCGCGCACGUCUUCCGCACCAGCUGCAACCUGCGCAGCCACCAGCGCGUGCACACGCGCGGGGACCGCCACCGCUGCGGCCAGUGCGGCAAGGCCUUCAGCACGCGCUCGUCGCUGGCCGGCCACAGCAGCAUCCACACGGGCGAGAAGCCCUACGGCUGCCCGGCGUGCGGCAAGGCCUUCCGCAAGGGCUCCUACCUGACGCAGCACCUGCGCACGCACACGGGCGAGAAGCCGUACGCCUGCGGCCAGUGCGCCAAGGCCUUCAGCAGCAGCUUCUCGCUGACCGUGCACCAGCGCAUCCACACGGGCGAGAAGCCCUACACAUGCGGCCAGUGCGCCAAGGCCUUCAACAACCUGUCGGCUGUCAAGAAGCACGUGCGCACGCACACGGGCGAGAAGCCCUACGCCUGCGGCCAGUGCGGCAAGGCCUUCACCACCAACUCCUACCUCUCUGUGCACAAGACCACCCACAGCAGGUGGAGCUGAGCCUCCGCCCGCCGGGCUGGCACCGUCCCUUCCAGCAGGCCAACGCUGGGACGCUGGAGACCCCUUCUGGAUGGCGGAGUUGGGGCUCAUGAUUUGGCACGAUGGGUACCGCAGAUGGCCCGGGAGGGAGCAGACGGGAUUAAGGUGCGGGCUUCACGUGGCACUGGAGGGUGCCCCCAACCCAAGCGUCAUCAGAGGUGUCAUCAGGUGCCUGGGCGUUUCCCCGGCACCCUGGGGCCUGAGCACCGCCGCAUUCUUUGAGCGGCCAGCCUGCGUGGCCAAGAAUUGCGGAGGGUGAGCGGGGCACACUUGGGGAGGCCCCCGAAAGGAACGUGGGGGCUGGUGGUGGAAUCUAAGUAUUGUUCAGGCUGCUGCUUCUGGAGGGACGCAGUCAAGCACACUUAGGGGACAAACUGACCCAGGUGGCCGCUGGGGCGCUUUCAUUUCCGGGUCAGGGCGGGACUCCCCGCCAGUCCCCCAGUGGUGACAGCAGGUGCCCCAGAGAGCAUCUGGCCAGAGGGAAGAGAAAUGUGGCCACCACGUGGUUACCUAUCCUUGGCAGGGUGCGUGGCCACGAGCGACGUGGGUUAGUUCCACAGGCCAGUGCUGAUGCUGUGUGGAAAGAGACUAAACAGGUAAACCAGGUGACAGGUCAUUCUGAACCACGCUAAAGAAGCUCCCAGUGAAAUCGUGACUGUCAGACACCCUCACCCUUCAAAUCAGCGCAGUGCAAAGGGGCGUCUGAUAUGCAUCUUGCAUUCUUUGCAGAGGAAGGCGAACGGGGCAUGGGAACUGCCUUGCUCGCAGCUCAGACUUCCCCCCACAAGCUCCCCGUGGCCAUGGAUGAGUGGGUGGCCGCUCCCUAGAGCAGGUCCACGGGCUUUCCACUCUGUGGGCCCGGGAGGGGCAGCUGCGAGAACUGCCAGCAGGGUAGAAGCCAUCGGACCCGUCGGGACACCCAGGAGUAGUGACCCUCGAGGAGGCUCCAUCAGGGACCUGCAGAGCACGUGGCCGAGCAGAAGUCGGGGUGAUGUUCUGAGGCCCUUCCUGUGGCAAAGCCAUGACUGGCCCUGCGAAGCUUGAGGGAUGAGAGGACCGACUGGGCAGAGAGAUGCCCACUGAGAGCCUGUGGCUCUGGGAAAGUUGCCCCUUUACCCCCUUCCCUGAGCACUUAGGGCAGAGAAACUGGUGAACGGGAAAGAGGAGAGAAUGUCUUGACAGAAAUGUCAAAUGGUGGAACAGGAAACUCCGAGGCAAUAACCUGGGGGUGCGUCUGUAGCGGGAAAUCCAUGGCCCUCGUCCUUGUAGCCGGGUGAGGACAUCUUGGGGAUGGGCAACACGGGGUCUGUCCUUGUUCUGAUGAUGUUUCUGGCCAUCAAAGAAGCUGCACGGAGAAUGGGAAGGGCCGGGCGUGGAGGAAUGGGGCCCGCAUGGGCGUCUGACCCCCACUCAUGACUUUCUCAGCCUUUAUGGUUUUGUAAAAGCACUUUUCCUUACAUGGAAAUAAACCUCAA